UUCCCCUCACGUUUGGAUUCCUUCACUUGUUGAGCGUCUCCUGUUGCUGCUGCUGCGGGUACCAAGGAUCCACCCUCUUUCCCAGCAUCUCCCCGAGACAAAACAAGGAGAAGUCGUCUGGGAGAAGUUUGCAUCCACAAGUCCUCAGCAACAGUCCACUGGCAGCAGCAGCAGCAGCAGCAGCAGAAUAAGAAGUUACCUGGGCCGAAGGAGGUGGACCCCAGCGUGAAAAAGUCACGGAUGGAGCUCUGAUUUUUAUUCCACCACCUUCUCUCCUGUCAACAACCCCGGGGACACUGGGAUACCUGCGGAUUGGAGGUGCUGUGGAGUUCCAGUGCGAUGCUGUGGAUGUGACUUCAGGCAGCAGCCCAUCAACGACAGACCCCCUAAAUCACAAUGAAAGACGACUUUGCUGAUGAGGACGACGUGCAGUCCUUCGGAUAUAAGAGGUUUGGAAUUCAGGAAGGUACAGAGUGCACCAAGUGUAAAAAUGACUGGGCGUUAAGGGUGGCCAUUGCUCUCCUCUAUGUGCUCUGUGCUCUGCUUACCAUAGCAGUGGCAGUCCUCGGAUACAAAGUGGUUCAGCGGAUGGACGGUGUCACAGAAGGCAUGCAGAGUUACGGAGGAAAGAUUAAUGCUGUGGAGAAAGACUUAAAGAAACUAGAUGAUGAGGCAGGGGAGAAGUCGGUCAAUGCCACCAGUGAUAUUAAGACUUUCAAGUCAGAUCUGGAAUCAUUACAAAGCCAAAUGAAUGAUGUUUCCGUCAGGACCAGCGGCAACAGUGACCGACUGAAAGAACUUCUGACGACAGGAGAUGACAUGCAAAAUGGCCAUGUGUCCUUGCAGGGGUUCCUGGAGGGCAACAGAGCCUCAUUGCACGGGGUGAACCAGACGUUGGCCUCCUACAAUGGAAUAAUCAAUGACCUCCAGACAGACACUGCACGACUCCAGUCUGAGAUACAGGACCAGGUGAAUGUGCAGAGCCGGACCCAGGUCAAUAUCAGUGCACUUAAUAUCACCCAGGCCCAACAGCGCAACCUGCUCAGCACUCUGCAGAAAACGGUCGAGGACACAGGCCAGGCAGUUCAGAAGCUGAAAAACGACUAUCAGGUUCUGCAGCAGACUGCCAGGCAGACACAUUCUGACACAGAGUGGCUAAAAGAAAAGGUGCAGAACCUUCAGGUCUUGGCAGCCAACAACUCAGUCUUGGCCAGGUCAAACGGAGACGUCAUAGAUGACUUAGGGGCUCAGCUCAGCAAUCUAGCCAGUCAAAUCCAGAACACGUCUGCCCUUACCGAGGGGCACGACCAGAGCUUGCGGGAGCUGAUGGACAAGCAGAGGGACCACGAUAAUGCCACCUCGUCAAAGUUUGAUGAGAUGGAAGUCCGACUGGACAGACAUGAGAAUGAUAUUGACCGCGUGACGGGCAACGUGAGCUUUGCGGCGCAGAUCCUUGGUGUCAUCAGUGGCGACUUAAACAACCUGAGGUCCUGUGCUGAGACAGUGAUGAGACAUUCAGAAAUGUUGGUGGCACUUAAUGAUAGCAUGGAAGAUGCCACGUCGGACGGCAAAGAGCUGCGUGCCCAGCAGGGUGAGAUGGCGUCCAAGCUGGACCAAGAAGUCAAGAGCCUGGGUAUGCUGAUGGAGGAGAUGAAGCUGGUGGACAGCAAGCACUCGCAGCUGAUCACCAACUUCACUAUCCUACAGGGACCACCAGGUCCAAAGGGCUCAAGGGGUGACAGAGGUCCCCAAGGCCCAGUGGGUCAGUCGGGCCAAAAGGGUGACAAAGGAGACAAAGGGGUGCCAGGAAAUGUGGGACCUAAAGGAGAAAGUGGUGCUGCCGGACCGAUAGGCGUGACAGGUCCUAAAGGUUCGGCCGGGGCGCGGGGAUUUCCAGGUGCUAAAGGGUCCAGAGGGCCUGGAGGUCGAGCUGGAAACCCUGGUGACAAAGGAGACACUGGGGCUCCUGGGCUUCUCGGCAGGGAUGGACAAACUGGACUUCCAGGACCACAAGGGCCACAGGGGCCCAGAGGAGCAGCAGGACCUGCAGGUUUAGACGGGCCUCGUGGGCCGGUUGGACCUAUUGGCCCUCCCGGUCCUCCCGGCCUUCCAGGGCUGCCCGGAUCUCCCGUAGUGGUAAAGUCCGCUCAGGCCCCUCAGGUUGUCAAACUCUCUCUACCGACAUUAGCUCCUGUAACUGCUGGGGUACCACAAAGCUCUGUGUCCAGGGGGGUCCAGGCUCCACCUGUCGCCACCACCCCAGCAUCUGGUUGCCCACCUGAGUUCAAAAGAUUUAGGAAAAGCUGCUACUACUUCUCUGACACACAGAGACUCAACUUUGAUGAGGCAAAGCUGUUUUGUACUAACGUGUCCUCCCAUAUGCUCAUAAUUAAUGACAAUGAGGAGCAGGAAUACGUUAGAAAAGCAAUUACAGGAAAAGGCUAUUUCUGGCUGGGACUGACUGACAGGGAGAAGGAAAACAUCUGGAAGUGGGUGGAUGGAACCAUACCAACUUUCAAGAAAUGGAAGCCCGGCCAGCCUGACAAUUGGACUCACGGUCACCAGGAUGGCGAGGAUUGCGCCGGGCUCAUCCAUAAUGCCAGCUGGAAUGAUUUCUACUGCACUGACCGCAUCGGUUUCAUCUGUGAACAUUCUCUGACUAAUAAGAGGGAAAAGGAACUUGUUUUCGACACACCAGCGAUGCCUCUCUUCACGACCAACCCCUUUGACCAAGAUGUUGAGAAAGCAACCAGUGAGAUGAACACAGCCGAGGACUGGGGCCUCAUUCUGGACAUAUGUGAUAAGAUAGGGCAGUCGCGCACAGGGCCCAAAGAAUGUCUUCGAUCUAUUAUGAGAAGAGUGAACCACAAGGAUCCCCAUGUCGCCAUGCAGGCUCUGACCCUGCUCGGUGCUUGUGUCUCAAACUGUGGGAAAAUAUUCCACUUGGAAGUUUGCUCCAGAGAGUUUGCCAGUGAAGUCAGUAACGUCUUAAACAAGGGUCACCCAAAGGUGUGUGAGAAGCUGAAGGCCCUGAUGGUGGAGUGGGCGGAGGACUUCCGCAACGAUCCACAGCUCAGUCUGAUCUCAGCGAUGAUCAAGAAUCUACGUGAACAGGGGGUCACUUUUCCCAUUGUAGGUUCCCAGGCUGCAGAGCAAGCGAAAGCAAGCCCAGCAUUAGUGGCGAAGGAUCCCUCAACCUCAACAAACAAGAAAGAAGAAGAAGACUUGGCUAAAGCUAUUGAGUUGUCGCUGAAGGAGCAACGUCAGCAGCCACAGACCUCCUUGUCGAGCCUUUAUCCCAACACCUCCAGCCUCUUGUCCACACACAAGUCCGACGGCAGGAAAGUCCGCGCCAUCUAUGACUUUGAGGCUGCAGAGGACAAUGAGCUCACCUUUAAGUCGGGAGAAAUCAUCACUAUCCUAGAUGACAGUGACCCCAACUGGUGGAAAGGAGAAACUUACCAGGGAAUCGGGUUGUUCCCCUCCAACUUUGUCACAGCUGACCUCACAGCAGAGCCUGAGAUGAUGAAGACGGAGAAGAAGACAGUCCAGUUCAGUGAGGACAUCCAAGUGGAAACCAUUGAGCCUGAGCAGGAGCCUGUUUUUAUCGACGAGGACAAAAUGGACCAGCUAUUGCAAAUGAUUCAAAGUGCAGAUCCAACAGACAACCAGUCAGACAGCGUUGAGUUACUACAGCUGGAAGGUGCCUGUAAUCAAAUGGGACCCCUCAUUGACCAGAAGCUGGAGGAUAUCGACAGGAAACACUCUGAACUGUCAGAGCUGAACGUGAAGGUGAUGGAGGCGUUGUCUUUGUAUGCAAAGCUGAUGAAUGAAGAUCCGGUCUAUGCUAUGUAUGCCAAGCUGCAGAGCCAGCAGUACUACAUGCAGCAGCCUGCCAGCGCCGCACAGCAGGUGUACCCUGGUCCGCCUGCGUCAGGUUCAUACGCCAUGGGCAGUCCCGGGGUGCAAGGUUAUACUGUUCCUAUGGAGCAGCUCCCUGCUGGAGCCCCUAUUCCUGGUCAGCCAGCUCCCAGCGACGUCCACAUGUACAUGGGUCAGCAGCCAGUUUACAGCGCAGCUCCAGGUGGUAUGGCCCCGCCAGAUGUUCAGUCCUACCCAAACCCAGCCAGCGCCACGGGCCCCGCACCAUGCACCAAUCUCGCAGGGAUGACGCACACGGCAAACUACAGCAACCCCUCCGGCACGAGCAUAGCACCUCCCUCAGACCCCCAACAUGCUCCCUACUCAGAAAAGGCCUUGUUAUAGGGCUCCUCUAACUCACAGUUGUCCUCAUGCGUACAGUAUUAUAGUAUACAAACAUCCAUUAGAACUGAUUUACAAAGUUCUUGUAGAUUUUUUUUUUUUUUUCUCUCUUCAUGGGACACCAGAUGGUUGAAGAACACAUACAGCAUUAGUAGAGCAACACUGGUAUUUGCUGCACUUUGCAUUUUAUUUGAUAGAUAUACACCAAUAAAGCCAUAACAUUAAAUCACAGAGAGCAGCCUCCUCCAGCAGAAAGGCAGUGGAUCUGCCAAAAACCGAUGGGAGGGCUUCAAAGAGCAGGACCCGGAGUCCGAGGUGUUCAGCAGGCCUCCGAACUCCACACAUACAAAUCUGAUGACAUCUGUGGGAAGCAAGACGGAUCCACAGAGACCCCAUCCACAACUAGGGGGUGUCUAGUUCCACGCCUCAAGGGCACCUCAAGCUUUUCCUGCAUGUUUUAGAUCCUUCCCCGCUUCAACUCCUGGCUCACUUUAGUGGACCACUGAGAGACUUGUUCAGACCUCCAUGAUCAGCUGAUGAUGAUCCAAUCAGGUGUUUGGGCGGGGAAACAUCUCAGCAUGCAGGACGGCGGCCCUCAAGGACCAGAAUUGGACACCCCUUGGCCUAAAGGAUCUAUUUCCAACGACACCUUUUUAGAUUAGUUUUCUUUUUGGUAACACCCUGACAAGUCAGUACUGUUUUGGCCGCAGGAGUCGGACCUACUCAACAUUAGCCUGAUGGUUCAAUGUUAUGGCUGAUUGGUGCAAAUUUGAUAUAUUUAAUCUAGAAUUACAUCUCACUUCAAUGUUAGAUGUGUUCAUGAGCGUAUGAUUUCAAGACAUGACACAUGAAUCUUAAAAUAUAAAAUAACACAUUUGAUAAUAAUGUUGCAUUUUCACUCUUCUCAUACAUUUCUUUAUUUGCUCCGAUUUUUAAAUACAGACUUACUUUUAUUUGGACCAAUUCAAGUUUUAGUUAACAAUCAAGCCUGGCCACUUGCAAACCUAGAUCUGCCAACAAUAUAUAUCCAAUCCGUUUUUGUUGACUAAAUCUGACAUUUUUUAAUUAUGUUUUUGUUGUAUUGAGAAAAAAACUUGAUCUGUUAUUUUAUUUUAUCAUUUUUCCAGACAUUUUCUUGAAAAUCUUAAGGAAAGAGCUCUGUGAUUUGGCACCAAAUGAAGUUCUCAACAUCACUUUUUUCCCGCCGUACAGAAACAACAUGUAACCAUGUUUCAAACUCUGGAGUUCAUUUAACUGCAUCUGCAGUCUUUGAUUAUUCAGAUUGGUACCAAAUCUCAUAGUUCUGACCAGUAACGUCCGUGAAAAUGAUUUAGAAAUGUCGGGUCUGUUUAAAAAAGGCUUUACCAAAUGGCUUUGAGUGAACAAGUGUAACUAUAGCUACUACAUAAUGCAUAUUUAAUUAGUAUUUGAUCAAGUGUGAAAUAGACAGAGGCGUUUCUACACAUCGCUCCAGAGCUACACAGAUAAUACACACUACAGGCAAGUGGGCAGCAGCGGACACACACACACGCUGCUAAACUACUUGCUUCACACCUCCUCAGUGGUGCAAUUCAAUCUACACAUUAAUUAACCCACUUUGCCUCAACUCUCAUCGACUAAAAUCAAACGCGUCGCUUUAAGUGGCACACGAAGAAGGUGUUCACUUACAAUUGUUCUUUUUUUUAUAUAUAUAUAUAUUUAAGUAAAAAUGAGGACUUUUAGCUGAGCUGAACAUAUUGCUACUGCUUCGUUGUUAAUUUUUAGAUGUACUGAAAACUGCAGCCACUUUGAUUUUCUGGAGGGAAAAGAACCAAGACGAACUGAAGCAUGCACAUCACUCUUGUAUAUACUGUAAGGAAGUUGGGAGUGAAGCCACAUGACGACCUCAUGAGGUGGGCUGCACGGGGCUGGGCGUUUCUGUCAGCCUUAAAGCUGAACUCUGCAGUCGCUUCUCCGGUGAAUUCAAAAGCGAAGAAACUGAACAGGUUGGGCAAAACGCUCUGUUUCCAUCUGAGCUGUCCGUACUGACGUACUCGGACCACCGACUUGGCCACGAAGGGGAAAACUUUCUGAAUCCUGGUGUCUUUGAAAUAUCUCUCUAGUCAGCGUUGAAAAAUGAAUUCUAUAUUUUUCUUUUGUUUGUUUUUGGUAGUGCAUUAUAAUUUAUAUUUUGAUUAUUGUUAUGAUGUUUAAAAUGGAGAAGCUUUCCAGGAUGUAUGUAUUCAGAGAAUAGAGCAGGGUUUGUGAUAUUCUCCUUAAACUUAGUUGUUAGUAUUCAAAUCACUCACAUGAGAAGGAUGACAUUUCUCUCCGUGUUUGAUACAUGCUUAUUGUACUGUAACGUGAGAACUGACAGAACCCCUUCACCUCACACAUCUUAAUCCUGUCCUUUUCCCAGAGCUGUCAACACUAAGACAAGUUAUACCUGCAGCAGAACUGAAUAAUGUUUGGGAUGAUUGUGGGAAGUUAAAGUCAGGAUUUGCAAACAAUUCUUAACUCUUAACAACGCUGCCAUGCUACACUUUAUAUGGGGGAGAGUUGCUCUUUUCAAAAACUGACUGCAUCACAAGAAGCUGAUGAAACGGCUAAAUAAGUCAAGUAUAAUAUUGAAUGAUUCUACAUGAAGGAUUUUUUUAAAGUUUUAACACUGCUGAAGAAUAAUUUGCAGGUGGGGGCAAAUUUCUGUGGCCAUCUGGUAAAUCUGUGUCCGUUAAAUUUCUCUUCAGAUUUCUUGUUUUCAAAUGUGCUACUUUCUUGCUGCCUUAAGAAAAAUCAAACAACCCCUCAACUUGAGCAUGGUACUUGCGAGCCUAAAUCCUUCAGAACUUGAUUAAAGCAGCAGUGGACUCUUGAGAUGACGAAUCAAGUUGUUGCUGCCUUGAGUUAAAAGAGAGCAAAAUAAUCCUAAUCGGUUCAUUCGGAGAGGUUUAGAAGCGUUAAACUAGCAGCUGUUCUGGGACGGUGGCUCAUUAUUACACGUGAUCCAAACAGAGUGUCAUGUUUCACCACCAUGUAGGACUGCAGCCCUGUUGUAAAUCUUUUCUUUUUGUACAGGAUCAAGAUGCUGCUGCUUCUUAUCAGUUUUUGAACCGAUGUUCUUGUAAAGGCUCUGUCUGAACUUGUACCCUGCUGUUUCUAUGUGUUAUUUUAACCAUACUUAUUAAUUGGUAAUCACAAUAAAACCAGGCCAAAUGUACAGAUGAA